UGCGUCGUGCCGCUGUGCAGCCCGUAGGGUUUUGGCCUCCUCUCCACCUCCUCCCCCAAUCCCUCCUGCCGCGCGCCACCGCACCGAGCAGCCGCCCCACCGCAAUGGCCGCCGUCGCCAGAUCCUUCCUCCGAUCUGGAGCCGCCUCCUCCUCGUCCAUCCGAGGCGCGGCCGCGAGAGCCGCCUCCCGCGCUGGGACGGCUCCGCUCCCGAGGAGGCUGCCCGCCUCUGCUCCCCGCUUCCUCGUAAGGUCGCCGGUGGAGAUGAGCAGCGUCUGCCUGGACACGUUGAUGCCCAUGCACAGCGCUACGGCGUCGGCGCUCAUGACGUCGCUCCUCGCUGCCCCCGCGUGCCGGAGUUUUGGAUGGCUAUCCGAAGGUCAAGACGAAACUAGAUGAACAAGCCCCAAAGGUGAAUACACCUUAAGGAUUCACUUACUAAUAACUGUUGAUGGAUAAUUUCUAUCACUAAUUUAUGGUUCUGAAGGAUUUACGGAGAGAGGAUACCAUUCAUUUAAAGGAAUGCAUUGUAUGCUCCAUCGUUAAUAAGUAAACAUGUAACAGGACAUGAAAAACUAUGUUUCUUCAUGGUAUUCAAGAGUCCAGAUAAUCUAUUUUGUUUUCACCUUUUAUUGUUUCUUUUGUUGCACCCAUACCAACCUUUUGUUUUGCCAGAGCAAAAUUCCACAGAGAAACAUUUCAAAUAGUUGACUGUUAUAAUUUUCGAUCAUUUAUCCCCUUAGAUAAUUUUGAAACUUUCUUUAAUUUGUAAGUUUGAUUUUUAAGUAGAGUUCCAAUUUUUAAUAAUAUGCACAUCAUCAUUAUGAAUUACAAACUUGAGCAAAAGGGUCACUGAUUCUUUUGUAU